AAAAAAAACUUCUCCCCUCAAUUUGAACCGAAGAGAGAAGACAGCGGGAAACUAUAUAUAUAUGUCUCGAGAGAUCACUUCAUCUCUUGCCGCCAUAUCUUCACAAGCUCUAACACUCACUCAACUAAACCAAUUCCAUGGUCAGUUCGUCAUCUCCAACUCCCUCCAUCGACAAAGCUACUGGGCCUCGCGUCUCAUCGCCUCCUGCACGCGCCGCCGAGCGCCGUCUCACUACGCGCGGCUCGUUUUACGUUCAGUGGCGUUCCCCAACGUCGUAGUCUUCAAUUCGGUGUUUAGAUACUUUUAGCUGGUGGGUAUGGCGAACGAUGAUCUUCGUCUCUACCAUCAAAGGUGGAUGAUGGAUAUGUAUGGGAAGUAUGAGUCAGUGGGAAGUGCACGCAAGGUGUUCGAUGAAUUUACUCAGAGAAAGGUUUCUUAUUGGAAUGUGAUGGUUUCUGGGUAUUGGAGGUGUGGGAAUAAGGAGGAAGCUUGUAAGCUUUUUGAUAUGAUGCCUGAGAGUUAAACAGAUGUGGUUUCUUGGACGGUGAUGAUUACUGGUUUCGCAAAGCUCAAGGAUUUGGAAAGAGCAAGGUAGUGUUUUGAUCGGAUGGGUGAGAAGAGCGUUGUGAGUUGGUUGAAGGCGAUGCUUUCAGGUUAUGCACAUGAUGGGUUUACAGAGGAAGCUCUGAGGCUGUUUAACGAUAUGUUGAGACUUGGAGUUAGGCCAAAUGAGACCACAUGGGUCACUGUUAUAUCCGCGUGUUCUUUCCUUCCUCAUUCACUGGUGAAACUGAUUGGUGAUAAGAGAGUCUGUUUGAAUUGCUAUGUGAAGAGGGCGUUGCUUGAUAUGCAUGCUAAGUGCAAAGAUAUUCUAUCUGCUAGGAGAACUUUCAACGAGCUAGGCGCUCAGAGGAAUCUUGUCACUUGGAACGCUAUGAUUUCGGGACAUACCAGAAUGGGAGAUUUGAGUUCGGCUAUGCAGCUUUUUGAUGCAAUGCCUGAGCGGAGUGUUGUUUCUUGGAACUCGAUGAUUGCUGGUUUUGCUCAUAACGGACAGCCUGCACUGUGAGAGUUUUUCAAAGAGAUGAUUGACUCUGGAGAUUCCAAACUGGAUGAAGUGAAGGUUACUGCUCUCUCGGCUUGUGGACAUGUGGGGGAUAUGAAAUUAGGUGAUUGGAUUGUGGAUUACACUGCUAAGAACCAGAUCAAGCUAAGCAUUUCGGGAUACAGGUCUUUGAUCUUCAUGCACGCAAGGUGUGGAAACUUGAGGGAAGCAGAACGGGUCUUGGAAGAAAUGAAUGAAUGAGAUAUUGUCUCUUAUAAUACGUUAAUCUCAGCCUUUUCAGCUAAUGGAGAAAGAGCUGAAACGCUGAAUUUAUUCUCAAAGAUGAAAGAAGAAGGCAUAGAGCCAGACCGUGUGACUUAGACUGAUGUCUUGACUGCUUGCAGCCGUUCAGGAUUACUGGGUCAGAAAAUAUUCAAAUUAAUAAGAAAUCCAUCGGCGGAUUUACUGGGGUGAGUUGGCAAGCAUAGUGAGACAAACAGAGUAAUUGAGAGAAUCCCCAUGAAUGGGACUUUCAGGAGUAUUUUCAUAGGCCUAAUAAGAAGGCAGCGGCAUCACAUCCCAGGCUGAGCAUUUGCCACUUUGCUGAAACAAAGAAACACUUUGUGAAGGCAAAGAUAACCUCCUUUUUUUACUUUCAAUAUCUCUUUGGUCAUUCUAUAUGGGUCUUCAUAAUGACUUCAAUUCCGAGGACGUAACAAAUCAGCUGUGUCUUGCUUGGAGAUGUGUGUACUGGUUGAUCCAAGCUACUGCGUAUUCUCGGGUAUAUCCUUCUCUUGUUCUUGAAAUGCUUGCUAAGUACAUAGAUAUUCUAUCUGCUAGGAGAAUUUAGAACGAGUUGGAUCCGCAGAGUAAUCUUGUUUUCUGGAAUGCAAUCAUUUCUGGAUAUAUAAAACUUGGUGUGUUUCAUGUUUUAUGAGGCUUUCGGAGUUAAAAGUUGCGAAUGGUUAGUGAAUAAGUUUAAUGCCAUGUCA